AUGUCCUGCCGAUCUUACCAUGUUAGUUCUAGGGGUGAUGGUGGAGUCAGGAAUUACAGUUCAUCCUCAGCUGUGUUCCCAAGGAAUGUAAAACGCUACAGUGCUGUCAGCACCAUCUCAUACAAAGGAGGCAGUGGCUUUGGUGCUAAAGGGUUAGGCUUUGGGAGCAAGAGUCUUUGUGGCGUUGCAUCUUGCCGGCCCAGAAUUGCACUUGGUACCUACCAGCCUGUAAAAUACGGAUACAAUUUGGGAGCCCCGAGUCUUGGAUAUGGCUAUGGUAUGCCCAGCUUUGGCUAUCGGUUUGGUGGAGUAAGUGGGCCUCGCCCAGCUGGUAUUGCACCUGUCACAGUCAACCCACACCUUCUCCAGCCUCUGCACUUAGACAUUGACCCCAGUGUCCAAAUGGUGAAGCAACAAGAAAAAGAACAGCUGAAGACCCUCAACAAUAAAUUUGCAUCAUUCAUCGACAAGGUCCGGUUCUUGGAACAGCAAAACAAGGUUCUAGAGACAAAAUGGAGCUUACUGCAAGAGCAGAAGAGAGUCAAGAGCAACAUAGAGCCCCUGUUUGAUGGCUUGAUUCAUAAGCUAAAGAAACAGCUUGAGUCUCUGGGAUGUGACCGAAAUAAGCUUGAGUCAGACCUGACCAGUUCAAGGGACAUAUUGGAAGAUUACAGGAAAAGAUACGAAGACGAGUGCAAUCGGCGGACAAGUGCUGAGAAUGAAUUUGUAACUCUUAAAAAGGAUGUUGACUGCAUAUACAUGCAUAAGGCGGACCUGGAAGGCAAGGUGGAAAGCUUAGUGGAAGAGGUCAACUUUCUGAGGUGUUUGCAUGACAUGGAACUACAGGAGUUGCACUCCUGCAUCUCAGAUACUUCAGUUAUUGUGCAGAUGGAUAACAGCCGGGAACUGGAUUUGGAUGGCAUCAUUGCCGAGGUCAAAGCCCAAUAUGAGGACAUUGCAAACAAGAGCCGCUAUGAGGCAGAGUCAUGGUAUCAGUGCAAGUAUGAAGAAAUGAGGGCAACAGCUGGCAAACAUAAUGACCACCUACGUGACACCAAGAAUGAGAUCAUGGAGUUGAACCGUGUGAUUCAAAGACUGAAGGCUGAAAUUGACACCGCCAAAGGCCAGCGUAGCAAGCUGGAGGCUGCCGUUGCAGAAGCUGAGGAGCGAGGAGAGAUGGCUCUCAAAGAUGCCAAGUGCAAGCUGACAGAGUUGGAAGAUGCCCUCAUAAAAGCGAAGGCAGACAUGGCUCGCCAGCUGCGGGAGUAUCAGGAACUGAUGAAUGUCAAGCUGGCCUUGGACAUUGAAAUUGCCACUUAUAGGAAGAUGCUGGAAGGAGAGGAAAACAGGUUGUAUGCUGACUCCUGUCCAGUGAAUAUAUCUGUUUGUCGAACCCAAGGUGGACUGGUGUGUGAUCCCGAUCCUUGCAUUGGAGGUGGAUAUGCUUCAAGCAGCAGAAACUUUGUCAGAAGUGGAGGCAUUGUGACCAGUGGAGGAGGAGGAAUGUGCAGCCCUGGCCUUGGGAGAAACCUUUCAGCAGCCAGUUGCAUUGAUCUGGGGAGCCCUGGCCUGCCCACUGGAGGAUAUAGCACCGGGAGCGCAAAAAGCUCUAAUGUCAAGUUUGUGUCAACUUCCACAUCCUUUAGAACAAAAUAUUAA